ACUACAUCCCUGCGUUUGCCAGCGUGAGCGAAACGAGCAGUCGGUGCUCGGCUCCGUCGUGAAAGAUGGCUUUGUUCGCGAGAAACAUCUGCAAGACGCUCUCCCAGGCUUGUGCUCAGAAAAGCACAGUUAGGGCCCUGCACGUAGGGACAAUUCGACAACAAGAAUCGACAGUCGAACAAGAAGGAAAGCUGAAAUGUACUCUGAUACCGGGAGACGGUGUUGGACCGGAACUCGUGGUCGCUGUUCAAAGUGUUUUCAAAGCUGCGGAUGUCCCGGUUGAAUUUGAACCUUACUUCUUGUCUGAAGUUAAUCCAACUUUGAGCGCUCCUCUGGAUCAAGUCUCUAACAGUAUCGCUAGAAAUCGAGUUUGUCUAAAGGGAAUUCUAGCAACUCCAGACCACUCUAUGACGGGAGAAUUGCAGACCUUGAAUAUGAAAUUACGUAAGAGUCUGGACCUAUACUCGAAUGUGGUGCAUGUAAAAUCGUUGCCUGGUAUCAGGUCGCGUCACCAGAACGUGGAUUGUGUUAUCAUCAGAGAACAAACGGAGGGAGAGUAUUCCGCAUUGGAGCACGAAUCUGUGAAAGGAGUGGUCGAAUGCCUGAAAAUCGUGACUGCCACUAAAAGCCAAAGAAUUGCAAAGUUUGCCUUUGACUAUGCUGUAAAGAAUAAUCGCAAGAAAGUCACAUGUGUUCAUAAAGCUAAUAUAAUGAAGCUUGGCGACGGACUUUUCCUUAGAUCGUGCCAAGAAAUUGCCGAAUUGUAUCCCAGGAUUACGUUCGAGACGAUGAUCGUCGAUAAUUGCACCAUGCAAAUGGUUUCUAAUCCACAUCAAUUCGACGUCAUGGUAAUGCCCAAUUUGUAUGGAAAUAUCGUGGAUAAUCUUGCAUCCGGUCUGGUCGGCGGUGCCGGAGUCGUCGCAGGUGCUAGUUACAGCGCUGAGUGUGUUGUCUUUGAACCGGGUGCGAGGCACACGUAUUCCGAGGCGGUCGGCAAGAACGUCGCGAAUCCGACGGCGAUGUUGUUGUGCGCAGUGAAGCUCCUGAAUCACUCGAAUCUCAAACGCUAUGGCGAGCAGAUCCGGGAGGCAUUGAACCGCGUGCUGAAUGAUGGAAAGGUGCUAACGAAAGAUCUAGGCGGACAAAGCUCGACGACGGAAUUCAUCGCCGCCGUGAUACAUAGUCUGCGUUAACAAUAAAAUCUCAUAGGAAAACAUGUAGACCUUGGCGUCAAAAUUUCAUUUUUAUGUGGAACAACUGUGCGAAUCGUAGUGUGCUGCACCUAUUAUAGGAAAUAUAAAACUAACUUAUAUACGUUAAAUUUGUAAAGUUAUAUCAUACUAAGAACCUGUGAUGGUGCAAAUUUUUAUUUGCAACAGUAACUUUCUGUAUGUUCUGUACAAACAAGAGAAAAUCCAAAGUUUCUUGCAACUAUUAGGUCGCAGAAGUGCGAUGUACAGACUGCGUAAUUAUAGUUGUAUAAUAGACCAAAAUAGGCAAGAUUGUACCAUAUCUAUAAAUAAUAAAUUACGCUAUCAUGUACAUCCUAUUAAAAUA